AUGGUGACGCACCCGGCGGACGUGACGGUGGACGAGGCGGACAAGGCGAAGCUGACGAAGGUGUUUAAGACGCAGACGGAGGCGUACUUCGCGUGGGCGUCGUACGGGGCGCUGACGCUGAACGUGUCGGUGUUCUUUCAUCAGCUCGGUUCGAACGAGAAGGACGCGAACGGGGCGUGUAAUCCUCACCCGGAUGCGUCGGCGGCCGACGGCGUGCAUUAUAACCCGUGGGAUGCGAGCGCUGAUUUUCAAGAAGUGUACGAUUCGUACGCGGGCGACCCCGGGACGAACCGAAACUCGGGAAGGAAACACAUGCGGACGUUCAUGCAUUUGACGAACACGUGCACGGGGACGUGCGAGUCGAACACGAACGGCAUCAUCUGCACGCAGAAGCACUCGUCGGUCACGGCGUGCGCCGACGCGGAUUCCACGACGGAGUUGUGCGAUACGACGGAGAUUCACGAGCUUUUACACGCAAUCGGGCUCAAAUAUCACUCGGGCGGGUACAAGUGCAAGCAGUCGGAUUACGACGACUCGACUACGACGUGGCGGCUCUGUGAGUACAAAGAUUACGGUGGCGUCUUCGAUGUCUUGGGCUCGGGCUCGGACACGUACGGGAAAAAGAUGGCGUGGGGCGUUUCUUCGUAUUUAAGAUGGGACAUGCACUGGCUCUCUAACGAUAACGUGAAAGUCAUCACGAAGACCAACGGACGCGUUGACGACGACGCGGCUGAUGUGAGUGAAACGUGCAUCCUGAGUUCGUUGAGUGUUGAUACGACGGAGUCCUCGACAACGCGCGCGUGCGUCGUUCGUUUCUCUGAUGAUACCAUGUCGGAUUUGGGUACGAUCUGGCUCGAGCUUCGAAGUGGCAACAAGUUCGACAAUCUUAUCCUUAACGGCGAGCACAGCGGAUUCAACUCUCUCGGUGUGCUCGGUUAUCACGAAGGGAACAAGUUGAUUGAUUUCUACCCACACGCCGCUGAUUCAACAGACGCUGCGAAAUACGACGACUGGGAACAGACGGCGCUGAGAUCGACAGAAAACGGCGGCGUUUGGAUAGACCCCGUGUCAGGACUAAAGUUAACGGUAGCCGCGUUCGAUUCAACAUCUCAAACGAUCACGGUUACCGUCACGUUUGGCCAACCGGCGGAGUGCAGCAAAAGAGGCGCGAAGGCGUAUCCGAGUCAGUUUCUUGGCUACGGGGUGUGGCACGUCCGCAUGUCAAACGACAGCGAGAAAGAUAAGUAUUAUCCAAGCGUCAAUUUGGCCGAUUAUCCCGGCGACGCCUCGUCGAUCACGAAUGACAACUUCAGAACCAAUUAUUUCACGACUUCUUACUUUGAUCAGUACAUCCCUUAUGCUGAUAGCGGAAUUCAGUAUACGGUGCAACAAAAAGAAUGCUAUAAAGUCGUGCUGCAGUAUAGAAUGAGCGUGCAAAAUUUGGAUUACGGCGCGUGCGCGAAAUCUCACUUGACAGUGCGCGGGUUGAAUCUGCCCGCCGGUUGGCGAGUUGACGAGGGCGGAUGCGUGAACGCAGCAGGCGCACAAGCAGUCGUCGACGAUAUAUGUUUCGUCGUCGCCGUGGACCCGAACACUGCCGAUGGCGCUUACGAAAUCCGAAUCCAAGCCGCUCAAAUCAACUACAGCGAUAAAGCAGUGAUGGCGGCUACGGAGACUGUCCCACUCUGGGUUUGCGUGGGCGGAUACAACCAUUAUACUCAAGCGUGGGGUGACAACGCUUGGACGUGUGACUACGGGCCCGUGGGAUCUAAAACCAGGGUGACAGGUAGUUCUGGCACAAUAAUCAACCGGGCGUCGAGUACGUACGAGGCGAGCUCGACGUAUUAUUCGACUUCGGACGUCUCAGCGAGGAAGAGCAGCACGGCGAUUCAUUACACCCGGAAUCCUGAGGUCACGAACGACGGCGCUGACCGUCUGCAAUCAAUGUCCAGUAUCGCGAUCGCAGAAGUGAGCGAUGAUCGUUGUUAUCAAGUUACGAGCACGCGAUACUGCUCGGCCAACCAUUACGUCUGGAGUCAGUACGUCUGUUCGGCGUGUCCGACAGACUCAACCCGCCCUGAAGGCGAUGAUAGCUGGCUGGCCGACGGCGAGACACAGUGCUCGUGUCCAGACGGAACCGCUUGGUCAAACGGCAUGUGUGUCCCUGCCGCCUCGUGCUCCGCGGACGAACGCGUGAACAGUGCCGGUGCGUGUGUGGCGUGUCCAUCUGGCUCGACGAACGAGGCGGGUGACGUCGCACCUGGGACCGAGACCAAGUGCGCUUGCGCCGCGAACUAUCGCGUGAACAGUGCUGGCGCGUGCGAGGCGUGUCCAUCUGGCACGACGAACGCGGCGGGUGACGUCGCACCUGGGACCGAGACGCAGUGCGACUCUGCCGCCUCGUGCUCCGCGGACGAACGCGUGAACAGUGCUGGUGCGUGCGAGGCGUGUCCAUCUGGCUCGACGAACGCGGCGGGUGACGUCCCAUCCGCGGGCGAGACGCAGUGCGCUUGCGCCGCGAACUAUCGCGUGAACAGUGCCGGUGCGUGCGAGGCGUGUCCAUCUGGCUCGACGAACGCGGCGGGUGACGUCCCAUCCGCGGGCGAGACGCAGUGCGCUUGCGCCGCGAACUAUCGCGUGAACAGUACCGGUGCGUGCGAGGCGUGUCCAUCUGGCUCGACGAACGCGGCGGGUGACGUCCCAUCCGCGGGCGAGACGCAGUGCGCUUGCGCCGCGAACUAUCGCGUGAACAGUGCCGGUGCGUGUGUGGCGUGUCCAUCUGGCUCGACGAACGCGGCGGGUGACGUCGCACUUGGGACCGAGACCCAGUGCGUCUGCAAUGAUGGCUACUCACUUUUGAAUGGUGAGUGCGUUGAGUCAACCGAGGUUGAAGUCAAGGUUGAGUUCGCGGGAAUCACACAAGUCAUCGACGAUACCCUCGUGCAGACGCUCCAAAACGCGCUGACGACGUCGCUUUUGGCAGACACCACUGGCGUUCAAGUGGACCCGGCUAAUAUCACCAUUAAGUACACGAUGCUAGGAAAGCAAACGUUCUCGUCCCCUGUGGAUGAAAGCUCGUUCAUCACCGCCGCCGCGUCGUCGUUGGGUGUCGCCACGUCUGACAUUGAGAACUUUGCGCAAAGCGCGGCGCGCAGGCGUCUACUCAGCAACAUCGUGACGUAUCAAGUCGUGACGACGAAUAGAGCGACGUUGAACACAGCUUUGUCUGCGGCAAGCUCUCCAAUCACCGUCGGCGGCGUGACUGGAACGGGUGCCGCACCGACGACGACGAUAGCCGCCGAAAUCAAGACAGCGAUCCCGACUUCGCAGGCGUCCACCGUCACUGCGACUCUCAAUGAUCCAUCCUUCACUACGGAUAUCGCAACAUCAGCCUCGAACGCGGGUGUCAGUGGUAUCUCGAUCUCUUCGCCGCCGUGCACUGGACUCACGCAGCCUGCGAACGGCGUUUCUGGUACGUGCGGCUCCGAGCUCGCCAGCGGCUCGUCGUGUCAACCGACGUGCAACUCUGGGUACACCGUGAGUGGCCAGACGACAUGCAUCGCCGGUGCGCUCACGGCCGCGACGUGCUCGAGUAACAGCGGCUCAUUAUUUGGCGGCUUCUUGGGCUUAGUAUCCGCCGCAGGUGUUCCGCUCUUCCACGUUGACACAAUUUUGCUCGCAACGGUCGCGCUAGGCGCGCUACUCGCGCCGUAA